AUGACAUUUGAGACAUUUUCAGUGAUUAAUAUUUGUAAAAAAAAAAUAACAAGGCAAAACCUCAUUAAUGAUAUAAUCGCUGGCCUCAUUGAAAAAGAAAAUGACACGAAAGUUUUGCCGACAAUAAUUCUUUAUGAUGAUCGUGGCUUACAACUUUUUGACCAGAUUACUUAUAUUGACGAAUAUUAUUUGACUAAUUGCGAGAUCGAUAUUUUGAAUAAGAAGGUUGACCAAAUCACGGACUACAUCGACUCGGACAGUAGCAUUAUUGAACUCGGUGCAGG